AUGUUUCACAAUUUAUCGCAAACUAAAACUUUUUUGCGAGCUUCAAAGCAUGGUCAUUACGGACUUUUAAAAGUUUUUACUCGAGGAUAUGUCUCUGCACAAGUUCAAAAAGAGUACUUGAAUAAGUACUUGAAGGAUACUGACCCGGAAGUUUUGGAUAUUAUAGAACAGGAGAAAAGGCGACAACGCGAAAGCAUCGUUCUUAUUCCUUCAGAGAACUUUACGUCACGUGCAGUCAUGGAGGCUCUUGGAUCAAUUAUGCAGAAUAAAUACUCAGAAGGAUAUCCUGGUGCAAGAGCUUUAGAAGCAUUUGAUUUAGAUAAUUCUAAAUGGGGUGUAAAUGUUCAGUCAUUAUCUGGGGCUCCGGCUAAUUUAUAUGUUUAUAACGCGAUAUUAAAACCCCAUGGAAGGUUGAUGGGUUUAGAUUUACCACAUGGUGGGCA